GCCGCACAGUAGCUGAAGGGUUUGACUGGUUCGGGUGUGUCCUGUGCAGAUGGGCCGGGACCGGGAGAGUUCGGGAAAACACUGGGCUUAGUGACUGGAGAGGGCGCUGGGCCCCUCCCCUCGCACUCUGGUUAAAAAUGAUCUUUAGUUUGAACUCUUGUUUUACUCCCACACAUUCUUUCAAAAAUUCCAAACUCCUGGGCUAUGAUUUGAAGAAGACAGGCCCCUCCUUCCCGCUUGGCAAACAGAAGGUGGAGGUCAAAGGUGUCGAUGUGGCAUUGGGAGAGGGGACAAGGCCGCCGCAGCCACUGACCUUUACCUCUCCGCUCCUUGCCCCUGCCCCGUGUCUGCUGGGAAUAGCAGACCAGUGCCACUCCCCCUGUGGUUUACCAGCAGCCACCCUGCCACCGGAGCGGGUCAGGCAGAGCUGCGGGGCUGCGCCCCACACCCGCCUCUUUCGCUUGGGCAGAAACAAAGACCGGAAGCAGAUUCUGAUCCAGACCCCCAGGCCCGCCAAGUCGGCGUUCACAGCUUUGGGAGCGUUGGCAGAGCUGUUCUUGCAAAGGCACCCUGGCUGUUGGAAGAUGCUCACAGUGGCGAUGUGCAUGGCCCUCCUGGGGUGCCUGCAGGCCCAGGAGCUCCGGGGACACGUCUCCGUCAUCCUGCUGGGAGCAACCGGGGACCUGGCCAGGAAAUACUUAUGGCAGGGGCUGUUCCAGCUGUACCUGGAUGAGGCGGGGAAGGACUACAGUUUCAGCUUCCAUGGGGCUGCCCUGACGUCCACCAAGCAGGGCCAAGCGUUCAUAGCCAAGGUCCUGGAGUCCCUCUCCUGCCCGGAGGACGUGGCACCCGACCGCUGCGCCGAACUCAAGGGCCAGUUCCAGCGGCUGAGUGCGUACCGCCACCUGGCGACGAGUGAGGACUAUAUGGCCCUGAGCAAGGACAUUGAGGCACAGGUCCAACACGGGGGCCUCCGGGAGGCCGGCAGGAUCUUCUAUUUCUCGGUGCCACCCUUUGCCUAUGCGGACAUUGCCCGCAACAUUAACAGCAGCUGCCGCCCGGGCCCGGGCGCCUGGCUGCGGGUUGUCCUCGAGAAGCCCUUCGGCCAUGACCACCUCUCAGCCCAGCAGCUGGCCACGGAACUCGGGGGCUUUUUCCGAGAGGAGGAGAUGUACCGGGUGGACCAUUACCUGGGCAAGCAGGCCGUGGCUCAGAUCCUGCCUUUCCGAGACCAGAACCGCAAGGCCUUGGACGGCCUCUGGAGCCGGCACCACGUGGAGCGGGUGGAGAUCAUCAUGAAGGAGACUGUGGAUGCCGAGGGCCGCACCAGCUUCUACGAGGAGUACGGCGUCAUUCGCGACGUGCUCCAGAACCACCUGACCGAGGUCCUCACCCUCGUGGCCAUGGAGCUGCCCCACAACAUCAGCAGCUCAGAGUCUGUGCUCCAGCACAAGCUCCGGGCCUUCCGGGCUCUGCGGGGCCUGCAGAAGGGCAGCGCCGUCCUGGGCCAGUACCAGGCAUACAGCGAGCAGGUGCGCAGAGAGCAGCAGAAGCCGGACAGCUUCCGCAGCCUGACGCCGACCUUCGCAGGCGUCCUCGUUCACAUGGACAACCUUCGCUGGGAGGGCGUCCCUUUCAUCCUGAUGUCCGGCAAAGCCUUGGAUGAGAGAGUGGGCUACGUUCGCAUCUUGUUCAGGAACCAGGCUUACUGUGUCCAGAACGACGAGCACUGGGUCGCCGACCAGAGCCAGUGCCUCCCUCGGCAGAUCGUCUUCUACAUCGGACACGGUGAGCUGGGCAGCCCUGCCGUGCUGGUCAGUCGGAACCUGUUCAGGCCCUCCCUGCCCUCCGAGAGCUGGAAGGGGCUGGGGGCCCGGCCGGGGCUCCGCCUCUUCGGCCGCCCGCUGUCCGAUUUCUACGCCUACCGCCCCGUGAGGGAGCAGGACGCCUACUCUGUUCUCAUAUCUCGCAUCUUCCACGGCCGAAAGGACUCCUUCGUCACCACGGAGAACCUGCUGGCCUCCUGGGGCUUCUGGACCCCCCUGCUGGACAGCCUGGCCCACGAGGUCCCGCGCCUCUACCCGGGAGGCGCUGAGAACGGGCACCUGUUGGACUUCGAGUUCAGCGGCGCCCAGCUGUACUUCUCGCAGCGGCAGCCGGAGCGGCUGGUGCCGGGGCCCGGCCCCGCGCCGAUGCCCAGCGGCUUCCAGGUUCUCAAGGCCAAGUACCGAGAGAGCCCGCUGAUCUCGGCCUGGCCCGAGGAGCUGAUCGCGAAGCUGGCCGACGACAUCGAGGCCACGGCCGUGCGGGCCGUGCGGCGCUUUGGCACGUUCCACCUGGCGCUGUCCGGCGGCUCGAGCCCCGUGCCCCUGUUCCAGCAGCUGGCCACCAGGCACUACGGCUUCCCCUGGGCCCACACGCACCUGUGGCUGGUGGACGAGCGCUGCGUCCCACUCUGGGACCCCGAGUCCAACUUCCAGCACCUGCAGACCCACCUGCUCCAGCACGUCAGGGUCCCCUACUACAACAUUCACCCCAUGCCCGUGCAUCUUCACCAGCGGCUGUGCGCCGAGGAGGACCAGGGCGCCCAGACGUACGCCAGUGAGAUCUCGGCCCUGGUGGCCAACAGCAGCUUCGACCUGGUGCUGCUGGGCAUGGGCGCGGACGGGCACACGGCCUCCCUCUUCCCGCAGUCGCCCAGCGGCCUGGACGGCGAGCAGCUGGUCGUGCUGACCGAGAGCCCCUCCAGGCCGUUCCAGCGCAUGAGCCUCAGCCUGCCCCUCAUCAACCGCGCCAGGAAGGUGGCGGUCCUGGUCAUGGGCAGGGUGAAGCGUGAGAUCACCAUGCUGGUGAGCCGCGUGGGCCACGAGCCCAAGAAAUGGCCCAUUUCAGGCGUCCUGCCUAGUUCCGGCCAGCUGGUUUGGUACAUGGACUAUGAGGCGUUUCUGGGAUGAGGGCCCCAGUGGCCUCUGCUCACUCCCGCUCUCGCUCUCCCCGUACUGUCCCCUCUCCUCUGUCCCGCCACCUGCCCUGGCUGCCCGGAACCCUAUGCCUCGGGGUUAGGCCGCCAGAGAGGAAAGGACGAGGCCUUAUCCCAAUCCCUUUGACGGUCCCUGUCUAGUUGUGGUGGGUAGACACAGAUGCAAGGAAAAAACGGAGUUUCUGCUCUCGAGAAGUUUCCGGUCCUGUUCAGGAGAGAAGUAUCUACCUUAAGAGCAUACCUGUGGCCUUUCCCCACGAACACCAGCAGCACAGAACCGGGCAGGGGGGAAGGCUCCCAACUCCGGCAAGAAUGCCAUGAUCAGGUUAACCCAGGAAGGCUUCCCGGAGGGGGUGAUCCUUGAGCUGGCUCCCAUGGAAACAGACUAUGGAUGGUAGAGAGUAGGGACACAGGUGUCCACCGGGUGCAGAGCCCACGCAGAGCAGGUUGCUGGGAACUGUCCGGAGACCUCGAGUUGGCCGAGUCCCCAUUUCUUCUGUCCCCUCCUCCCCUUCUUCCUGAGCCUCUGACAUUUAGCCUUCUGUUCUGGCCUCUUGGUGGCUGUCUCUCCUGCUCCCUCUGGGUUCCCUUCCUCUCGGUUCUGACUCUGACGAUGGUGGGGUCUUUUCUCAUCGCUCGGUCUCUCUGCUGCCCCCCAGAGGGGUGAAGGAUGGUAGCGUUACACAGCAACAAACGCAAGGAGGUUAAAAGGUCCCAGAAAUCUCGCGGCUUUCUCUGCAUGGGGGAGGUCCCCGCCUGCUCUCCCUCCUCCAGCCGGCCCCCUGCCCCCUUCGUGAUGCACGGUGCGCAGAGAUGAUUCGGCCAUUCCAGGGAUCCUCACUUAUGAGGGUCCUCUGUACCGCAGGGGACUUCCGGUGGGCGUUUCCACUCUCAGUAUACCCUCGUGCUUUACCAGGAAAGAUCCAGUUAAGUCUUUCUCUGAUGGUGACACAUCAUAUGUGGGGAGAGACCCCGUGCAAACCGUCUCCACCAUCCAGGUGCCCUGACCUGACCAGACGGGAGUCAGGCCCCCUCGGUGGGGCAGCUGUGGCCUUCUCGGGGACAUGGCGGGUUCGCGGGGCCACGGGGGGCGGGGGGGAGGGGGCAGGCGUCCCACCGACUGUGCUCCCUCCCAGUGGAUGAUGCCGGGUGCAGCGACCUACUUGCUGUCCACCGGCCCCUCCCGCUAACACGCUGUGAAAGAGCUGGGAUAAGAAAUAGGCAGCUUCUCUUUAAGAGGAGGGUGGCUGCUCUGUUCCUGGUCAGCGGUGGGUCAGUAAUGCCUGUUUUUCUGAAACCCCCAAGGUUCCGGCGGGGGGAGGGCGGGGGAGGGGGACGGCGGUGAGUCUGAAAUUCUUUUAAAAAAUAUUCUCACAUAUUGAAUUUUUAUUCCAGCUUCCCGCAGAGUCAUGCCCCCAAGACAGGACUGUAAAGGAAUGAGACUGAUGUUUCUGUGACUGCUGUCUUGUUUUAAAGUCACACGUUGUGUCCGGUGUGGGUGCCCCACAGAGAGCUUUCCUUGGGGAGGAGGAGCCCGGCCAAAUCUAUUUCUCUACUUCUGAUUGUUUACGCUUUCUUCAAGGCGAUGGAUUUAAAAGAAUUCUGGUCUCGCUUUGAGAUGUGUGCGUGUGAAUCUGGUGCCUGGGAGGGGGGCUCUCGAUGUGGAAGGCUCUCUUCUUAAAAUUCCCCUGACCUCCAGCGACCCGUCCAGACAGGACACCUCUUUUCGCACCAACAGAGCUUCCCUUGGCGAGGCAGAACCCCAGUGCUGGGUCGGGAAGUCUCUCUUUCUGGAGGGUCGGCAUUUUAGCUUUUAGGCACCUGGCUGGCCAGCCGGCAUGAGAGGACGUGGGUGGCUGCAGGCCGGGUGCCACCUGUGGCCACAUGGGGGCGCUCUCGCGCCAUCCCUGCCCUCUCCACGUGUGACCAGAGAGGAGCCCCUCCUUAGCAGUUCCCGGGUGCAUUUCUUCCCAUUUUCACGUUCUGCCUCCCUGGGCUGCUGGCUCCGAGCACCGCCCGUGUGUUCCUUGGGAACUUCGUCCUCUGUGGUUGCAGCACUGAGAGAAAGGGCCCCCCACGUGCCCACGGAGGCCUCCAGGACGUAGGGCCAGCAGGCUUCUGAUGUCACCAUUCUGAAUUACAGUGAGUGGUGCGGGGGUGAGCCCAGGACGUCCGGUGCUUAGAGGAGGGCCCUGCCUCAGAAUGCCCCCCUUCACCUGUGUGCACGGGAUGGGGGCGGGCAGAGGGCCCCAGGAUCCUCUUCUCCACGGUCAAGUGCCAUCUUAAAAAUCACACCAGCAAAGGCCACCAGGAGACACAGCCAGUAACUCUGUGUCUGCGUCUCCCUUUCCCUCCCUUGUCCCUGUGCUGGGAAGAAGCCGUUCUCAGAACCGGGCCCCCGGGGGGUGAAGGCCUUCACCCUCUCUGGACCCCGAUCCUCAGCAAGAAACAUACCUUCCCUGGGGAGUCAGCCGUCACUCAGGCUUUGCUCGCUCGGUCUCUGCUACCCUGUCAGCCACCCCGUGAGGCAAGUGGAGGGGUCCUUGUUUACUGAUGGCUUGGAAGCUGAAGCUGGAGGCCUCUGAUGACCACAGGGGUACUGGCCCCGUGGCGCCCCCUCCUGCCCAGAGUGGUGGUUCUGGUUCCGGAGCGGCUCCCUGGGGAGGCAGUCAGCGGCUUGUGUGCCCUCGCUGUCGACCUGGACGAGGCGAGGCGGAAGGGCCCCUCCUCGUCAAAUUAGCAUCUCUAGAACGAGCAUAUUACCAUUUGUUGUGGGGAAAGAGUUGAGGGACUUUCCAGGUGGUUGUAGGCUGAGAGUCUGAUCUUGAUCUGGGAGCAAAGGUUUCUGCUAACCGCACGUGAAAAUAGUCGCGUCUUGGUGACCCUCCCGGCUUCUUGUCUCUGCAGACAGCGGCUUCUUCCCACCGGCCCCCCCCCCCCCCCCCCCCC